AUGGAAGUAGAGAGAAUCAAAAAUAGAGAAUCUAAUAAUCGAUUAUUUAGUUUAAUUUUCCAUAACACAAUAUUGAAGAAUCAUAUAUUUUCAUAUGUACGUUAUGAUCCAAAUAGAUAUCAAAAGAGUGGUAGAUUUAUUGUUCCAUUACAAUGGCCGGAGCUCAUUGAAUCACCAUCUGCAUUAAUGUACUAUGGCUAUGUAGAUUUACUUGAUCAAUUCAUCCAAUCAUUAGAGAAGAAACAACUCGACUUUGAUAUUUUCAAAGUUUACAUUGAACCAUAUCUCAAGUAUUCAACAAGACACCUCAAUAUGUUUUUAUAUAUUCGUCAAAGGUUUUUCAAAACUCCCACCAAUAACAACAAAAACAAUAAUAAUAAUAAUAAUAAUAAAGAAACAAUAAGAGAAUGGCCUGACAAUCUAAUUAUUUAUGCAUCGAAAUAUGAAAACCUCCAAGUUGUUAAAUUAUUAGUGGAUGAUCAAAGUGAUGAUUAUGUCGGAUUUGGUGUUGAUUACCAAAAGUUGGAAACAGCAUUCGAAGUCUCUGUUAGAAAUGGUAAUAUGAUGAUUGUCAAUAAGCUAUUUAAAUCAUACCCUGUUCAUAGGAUGGUAGAUGCAUUGAAAAUAGCUGCUACGUACGGUCAAUUGGAAAUAUUGAACUUCCUUUUCAAAAUAAGGAAGGACCUGUUCGAUAUCAAUUCAGUAAGCAUUCUAUUGGAUAGUGCGUCUUCAAAUAAUCAUAUGGACAUAAUCGAGUUCCUUUUGGAUAUAGUAGUCAAGAUUGAUCUUCAAGUCAAUUUUAACAAACAAACAUACAAAUCAGUCUGUAAAGUCGGUCGAAUCGAUUUGUUCAAGAAAAUGAUAGAAUAUCAUACCAACGGCAAUCGAAUGGUCAGUGUUGGCUCUGUUAUUGAUUACGCAGCUACUCAUGGUCAUUUGGAUUUGAUCGAGUAUAUCCAUAGUAAUAAGCUCAUUACUCAAUGUUGCACCACUCAGGCCAUUGAUCAAGCAGCAGAAAGAGGUCAUUUGAACGUCAUAAAAUACCUCCAUCGUAACCGUAGUGAAGGUGCAACUUUUAAUGCCAUGAAUAACGCCGCAAUGAAUGGACACGUAGAUGUUUUACAUUUCCUCCACCAGAAUCGAAGUGAAGGUUGUUCAAUGGAAGGAAUUAUACGUGCUGCUAAGUAUGGCCAUUUAGAAGCUUUAAAGUAUCUCUACUUUAAUUGUCAACAUAAGAACAAGUUACAAAAAGCAAUUGAAGGAGCUGCUCGUUAUGGACAUUUGGAUAUUGUACAAUUCUUGCAUGUCCAAUCCAAACAAAACUACCGAGUAUUUGAACCUGUAAUAGCAGCAGCAAACAAUGGUCAUCUAAACGUGGUCCGCUAUUUCUUUGAAAGAGAAGACAUUGGUUUCCCACCAAAGGCACUAUUCUCUUUGGCCUUUAUAACUCCAAAUAUCGAUAUCAUCCAAUAUCUUUCAGUGGAAAAAUCAAUUCCAUUUCAUAUCAGCGAAAUUAUUGUCAAGAUGAUUGAAUAUGGCUAUACUGAUUCUCUUAUCUAUGCAUUGAAUUUAUUGGAAAAUUCAGCCAAUUUUGCAUCGAUUAUCUAUCUUGCUGCACAAAGAGGUAAUAUCAAAUUAAUAGAAUAUCUCUUGGAUAGAGUUAAACUGGCUGAUUUCAACAAGAUUUUCAACUCUGUCUUUCGUAAAGCAUAUAUCAACCAACACUUUGACCUUAUUGAACGCACCAUCGAGUUGUAUAAUCGGAAACAACAAACCCAAAGAGUGGUUAUCAUCAUCGAUCCUAUGCUUCAAUGGACUUGUGGAUCUCUUUACAAAGCUGAUCACACCAGAAUACAAUACUUGGAUAGAUUUAUCAGGAAAUUCUAUUCAAAAGACACCAGUCAUUUCAAGUUAAAAUUGGAACAUCCAAACACCAUUUACUUGGACGACAAACAUCCAUAUAUUCAUCUAUUCAUCAGACAUCAAGAGAUCAUCGAGUUUGAGGGAUUUAUCUUGGAUGAUGCAAUUUCCAAAAGCAAUUUCAACCUAAUCAAGUUUGUUACAAGUCACAAAUUAAAUAUGUUUAGCUUAAACACUCUUAAUAUGUCACUAACAAGACUAUCGGUGUAUAAACUGAUAUUGGAAGCAUACUGUGACAAUGAACAGUUUAAUAAGAGACAAUCUAAAAAGUUUAGUGAACUCAAUCACAAUCAAAUUGUAAAGAGAGCAAUUGGCGAAGGAGAAUUGGAUUUAAUUAAACUCUACCAUCAGAUGUUGCAUGACUCAAAGAAAAGUGAAAUACUGAAUCGUGUUACCAAUGUAUUUGGCAAGACUACCAUGGACACUGCCGCCGAGCAUGGAAAGUUGGAAAUUUUAAUAUUCCUCCAUGUGGUUAGAAAUGAAGGCUGUACAACCGCUGCUAUAGAUCGUGCUUGUGCUGGACAAAGUGAAAAUGAGAGUUUACAGAUCGUAAAGUUCCUUCAUGAAAAUAGAACUGAAGGAUGUACAAAGCAAGCGAUGCAUAAUGCUAUUAUGAAAAAUCAUUUCAAAAUCCUAUUGUUUUUGCAUGAAAAUAGAAGUGAAGGAUGUACACCUUCAUCGAUGGAUUUGGCAACAAAUAAUCCUAGGAUGGUAAAGUGGCUGCAUGCAAAUAGAAGCGAAGGUUGCACUGUUGAAUGUAUGGAUAAUGCCGCGCAAUCAAAUAAUUUGGAUCUAUUAACUUGGUUACACUACAAUCGAACAGAAGGCUGUACAUACAAGUCUUUAAACAAUGCUGCUCAUUGUGGUAAUUUGGGAAUGGCAAAGUUUUUAGUGGAGAAUCGAACAGAGAUCUCCAUUGAAACAUCUCUUUACUCGGCAAUCAGGAGUAGCAAGAUUGAAAUGAUUGACUAUUUAUAUAACAGACUAGAUAAAUCAAUCAACCGUGAUCUAGAAUUUAUAUUAACCGCCGUUGAAAAUGGUCAAUCUAAAUCAAUUGAUUGGUUACUCAGUAAUUGUGUUCAUCUUAAUUCUCAAAGCAUCGACUCUGUCAUCCAAUCAUCGAAAAACACUUACUACCAUUCAAUAUUGGAGAAUCUAAAGAAAAAAAGAGAAUAUCUUUGUACAAUAGAAUCACUUCAAUCACAAACUAAAUAA